GGGGAUCCGUGCGCGGAUGUCCCGGCGAGUCCGGGGCUGAAGGAGGCGGCUCCGGGCGGCGCGGAGCGCGGGUGGCGGGCCCUGGCUGCGGCGUGUGCGCGCCCGCCCGCAUUCGCCGGAGACCGGAUCUUACAGAAAAUUUUGGCUGUAGCCCUCAAACUAGAAGCUGAAAUAAUAGAAGCUGUGUACCAUGCAUUAGGGUAUUAAAGAAAAUCAAUUUUUGAUUCAAAUAUUUGGAUUAUAAGGAAGGAAAGGUGACUGAAAAUGGGGCGGAAGAAAAUACAAAUCACACGCAUAAUGGAUGAAAGGAAUCGGCAGGUCACUUUUACAAAGAGAAAGUUUGGAUUAAUGAAGAAAGCCUAUGAACUUAGUGUGCUCUGUGACUGUGAAAUAGCACUCAUCAUUUUCAACAGCUCUAACAAACUGUUUCAGUAUGCCAGCACUGAUAUGGACAAGGUUCUUCUCAAGUAUACGGAAUAUAAUGAACCUCAUGAAAGCAGAACCAACUCGGAUAUUGUUGAGGCUCUGAACAAGAAGGAACACAGAGGGUGCGACAGCCCAGACCCUGAUACUUCCUAUGUGCUAACUCCACAUACAGAAGAAAAAUAUAAAAAAAUUAAUGAGGAAUUUGAUAAUAUGAUGCGGAAUCAUAAAAUCGCACCCGGUCUGCCACCUCAGAAUUUCUCAAUGUCUGUCACAGUCCCUGUGACCAGCCCCAGUGCUUUGUCUUACACUAACCCAGGGAGUUCGCUUGUGUCCCCGUCUUUGGCAGCCAGCUCUGCAUUAGCAGAUACAAGCAUGCUCUCUCCACCCCAAGCCACAUUACAUAGAAAUGUAUCCCCUGGAGCUCCUCAGAGACCACCAAGUACUGGCAGUGCAGGUGGGAUGUUGAGCACUUCAGACCUCACAGUGCCAGAUGGAGCUGGAAGCAGCCCAGUGGGGAAUGGAUUUGUAAACUCAAGAGCUUCUCCAAAUUUGAUCGGAACUACUGGUGCAAAUAGUUUAGGCAAAGUUAUGCCUACAAAGUCUCCCCCUCCUCCAGGUGGUGGCAGUCUUGGAAUGAACAGUCGAAAACCAGAUCUUCGAGUUGUUAUCCCCCCUUCCAGCAAGGGCAUGAUGCCUCCACUGUCGGAGGAAGAGGAAUUGGAGUUGAAUACCCAAAGGAUAAGCAGUUCUCAAGCGACUCAACCCCUAGCUACCCCAGUGGUGUCUGUGACAACUCCAAGCCUGCCUCCGCAGGGCCUGGUGUACUCAGCAAUGCCGACCGCCUACAACACAGACUACUCACUGACUAGUGCAGAUCUGUCAGCCCUGCAGGGCUUCAACUCGCCAGGAAUGCUGUCUCUGGGACAGGUGUCCGCCUGGCAGCAGCACCAUUUAGGACAAGCAGCCCUCAACUCUCUCGUUGCUGGAGGGCAGUUAUCUCAGGGUUCAAAUUUAUCCAUUAAUACCAACCAAAACAUCAACAUUAAGUCAGAACCAAUUUCACCUCCCCGGGAUCGAAUGACCCCAUCAGGCUUCCAGCAGCAGCAGCAGCCACAGCCACAGCCGCCGCCGCCGCCGCCUCAGGCCCCACAGCCGCAGCCCCGGCAGGAAGUGGGCCGCUCCCCUGUGGACAGUCUGAGCAGCUCCAGCAGCUCCUACGACGGCAGUGACCGGGAGGAUCCGCGGGGCGACUUCCACUCUCCCGUUGUGCUCGGCCGGCCCCCAAACUCUGAGGACAGGGAAAGCCCUUCCGUAAAGCGGAUGCGGAUGGAUGCAUGGGUGACCUAAGGCUUCCAGGCAGGUGUUUGUACUUUGUGUUACUGCAGUGAACUGCUCUACAUAUCUAAACUGGUAAAUAAGGACAUGAGUUAAAUAUAUU